GUUUUAGGCAGAAACGAUAGGACACUUUACUUCCUCCGCGGUUGUAGCUGGAGAUGUGAUGGGUACCUGAGUAGUUUUGCGGCCUAGGCUUUAGCCAAGGAGGCUACACGGGAGUUAGCCUGUGUGUGUGUGUGUUAGCCGCUCGAUGCUAACACUACUACUUCCCGCAAAAUGCUAGCCCCGCUAGCCUGUGGUGUUUCCCUCUGCAACUAGCCGACUGGCUAAUUUAAUAACCCGUGUGACAGUGGACGUGCACCGGCUGCUCUUAUAUUCCGUUUUAAAGUGGUUUUCCCCCUCAACUUCUCGGUUCAGAUGGACGUAGUGUUGCCGAUGUACCGCCCGGGCUCGUUUCUAGGCCAGUAGAAGACCGUGUGGACCAUACAUCAACAAGCAUGGAGUUCCCGCAACAGCAGAAACCGGCGGGGGACGGAAAGAUCUUCUACCCCCCCGGAGUUAAAGAGAUUACGGAUAAAAUCAGCAACGAUGAGGUGGUCAAGCGGCUGAAGAUGGUGGUGAAGACCUACAUGGACAUGGACCAGGACUCUGAAGAAGAGAAGCAGCAAUAUCUCGGCCUGGCUCUUCACCUCGCCUCUGAGUUCUUCCUUAGGAAUCCCAACAAAGACGUACGGCUACUCGUGGCCUGCUGUCUGGCCGACAUCUUCAGGAUCUACGCUCCCGAGGCCCCGUACACCUCCCCCGACAAACUCAAGGACAUCUUCCUGUUCAUCACCAGACAGUUGAAGGGACUAGAAGACACUAAGAGCCCUCAGUUCAACCGAUACUUCUACCUGCUGGAGAACCUGGCGUGGGUGAAGUCGUACAACAUUUGCUUUGAGCUGGAGGACUGCAACGAGAUCUUUAUCCAGCUUUUCAAAACACUCUUCUCUGUCAUCAAUAACAGCCAUAAUCAGAAAGUGCAGAUGCACAUGAUGGACCUGAUGAGUUCUAUCAUCAUGGAGGGAGACGGAGUUACACAAGAGCUGCUGGACACCAUCCUCAUUAACCUCAUCCCGGCACACAAGAAUCUGAACAAGCAGGCCUACGAUCUGGCCAAGACUCUGCUGAAGAGGACCGUCCAGACUAUCGAGACGUGUAUCGCGAACUUCUUCAAUCAGGUUUUAGUGAUGGGCAAGUCGUCAGUCAGCGACCUCUCGGAGCACGUCUUCGACCUCAUCCAGGAACUGUUUGCCAUCGACCCGAUGCUUCUUACCUCUGUAAUGCCACAGCUGGAGUUCAAGCUCAAGAGCAAUGACGGUGAGGAGCGACUGGCUGUUGUUCGGCUGCUCGCUAAGUUGUUUGGGGCCAAAGACUCUGAGCUGGCUUCACAGAACAGGCCGCUGUGGCAGUGCUUCUUAGGACGGUUCAACGACAUCCACGUACCAGUCAGGCUAGAGUGUGUCAAGUUUGCCAGCCACUGCCUCAUGAACCACCCAGACCUGGCCAGAGACCUAACAGAAUAUCUGAAGGUGCGUUCCCACGACCCAGAGGAGGCCAUCCGCCAUGAUGUCAUCGUCACCAUCAUCAACGCCGGGAAGAAAGACCUCAACCUGGUCAAUGAUCAGCUGUUGGGCUUCGUACGGGAAAGGACACUAGACAAGAGGUGGCGUGUGCGUAAAGAGGCCAUGAUGGGCCUGGCUCAGCUUUUUAAGAAAUACUGUCUGCACCACGAGGCCGGAAAAGACUCGGCCCUGAAGAUCAGCUGGAUCAAAGACAAACUGCUGCACAUCUACUACCAGAACAGCAUCGACGACAAGUUAUUAGUAGAGAAGAUUUUUGCCCAGUACAUGGUCCCUCACAGUCUGGACACAGAGGAGAAGAUGAAGUGUCUGUACUACCUGUACGCCUGCCUGGACACAAAUGCUGUCAAGGCCCUGAAUGAGAUGUGGAAGUGUCAGAACAUGCUCCGAGGCCUCGUCAAAGAGCUGCUCGACCUCCACAAGCUGCCAGUGUCUGAGGCCAAUAACACGGCGAUGUUUGGGAAGCUGAUGAGCAUCGCUAAGAACCUACCAGACGCUGGAAAAGCUCAGGACUUCAUGAAGAAGUUCAACCAGGUCCUCGGGGAGGACGAGAAGCUCAGGAUCCAGCUGGAGAUGCUCAUCAGUCCGACCUGCUCCUGCAAACAGGCUGAGAUCUGCGUGAGGGAGAUCACGCGCAAGUUGACGUUCCCCAAACAGCCCACGAACCCCUUCCUGGAGAUGGUCAAGUUCCUACUGGAGCGCAUCGCCCCUGUCCACAUCGACUCCGAGGCCAUCAGUGCUCUGGUGAAGCUGCUGAACAAGUCCAUUGAGGGAACAGCUGACGAUGACGAGGAAGGCGUUACCCCGGAUACGGCCAUCCGCUCUGGGCUGGAGCUGCUCAAGGUCCUGUCAUUCACCCACCCCACAGCCUUCCACUCAGCCGAGACCUACGAGUCUCUGCUCCAGUGUCUGAAGAUGGAAGACGACAAAGUAGCAGAGGCAGCCAUCCAGAUCUUCAGAAACACCGGGCAGAAGAUUGAGACAGAGUUACAACAGAUCAGAUCGACUCUGAUUCCCAUCCUGCAUCAGAAAGCCAAGCGGGGCACGCCUCACCAGGCCAAACAGGCCGUCCACUGUAUCCACGCCAUCUUCAACAACAAGGAAGUGCAGCUGGCACAGAUUUUUGAGCCUCUGUCACGAAGUUUGAACGCAGACGUCCCAGAGCAGCUCAUCACCCCGCUGGUGUCCCUGGGACACAUCUCCAUGCUGGCUCCAGAUCAGUUCGCUUCACCGAUGAAAUCCAUCGUGGCCAACUUCAUCGUGAAGGACCUGCUCAUGAAUGACAGGUCGGUGGGAAACAAGAACGGGAAGCUGUGGACCACUGAUGAGGAAGUCUCACCUGAGGUUCUAGCAAAGGUUCAGGCCAUCAAGCUGCUGGUACGUUGGUUACUAGGGAUGAAGAACAACCAAUCCAAGUCGGCAAACUCCACCCUGCGGCUGCUGUCGGCCAUGCUGGUCAGCGAGGGAGACCUCACAGAGCAGAAGAAGAUCAGUAAAUCCGACAUGUCUCGUCUGAGGCUGGCUGCAGGCGGAGCCAUCAUGAAGUUGGCACAAGAACCAUGUUACCACGACAUCAUCACACCCGAGCAGUUUCAGCUCUGUGGCCUCGUCAUCAACGACGAGUGCUACCAAGUUCGACAGAUCUUCGCGCAGAAGUUGCACCUGGCUCUCGUCAAGCUGCUGCUGCCGCUGGAGUACCUGGCCGUGUUCGCCCUGUGCGCCAAGGACCCGGUGAAGGAGCGCCGCGCCCACGCCCGACAGUGCCUCCUCAAAAACAUCUCCGUCCGCAGAGAGUACAUCAAACAAAACCCCCUCGCUCAGGAAAAACUCGUCUCUCUUCUUCCUGAGUACGUCGUUCCCUACAUGAUCCACCUGCUGGCUCACGACCCCGACUUCACAAAACCGCAAGAAUAUGAACAGCUCAAAGACAUCAAAGAGUGCCUGUGGUUCAUGCUGGAAGUGCUGAUGACCAAGAAUGAGAACAACAGCCACGCCUUCCUCAGGAAGAUGGUCGAAAACAUCAAACAAACCAAGGAUGCUCAGUGUCCUGAGGAUGUAAAAGCCAAUGAGAAACUGUACAUUGUCUGUGACGUUGCUCUUUUCGUGAUCGCCAACAAGAGCACCGCGUGCCACCUGGACUCACCGAAGGACCCCGUCCUACCCUCCAAGUUCUUCCUCGUACAGGACAAGGACUUCAAAAACGACAAAGAGUAUCUGUCUGCAGAGAUGAGACAAAUGCUGCUCACUGGGAAGCCCAAACCAGCUCCAGUGUUGGGAGCUGUGAACAAGCCUCUGACGGUACCAGGGAGGAGGAUCUUCACUAAGACCACCACAGCUUCAGACACGGCCAGCAACGCCAGCAGCAACUCCUCACCGCUGAGCUCCACGCUCAACAAGAACAGCAGCGCCACCACCGAGUCGCCAGAGAGCCGAGCACAGGAAAACAACGAGAACCCGGUCAUCAAGAACGACGAGGUGAAGAAGGACGCUCCCAGUCAGAAUGCGACCCCCGACGCCGGGACGGAACCGACGCCCGUCAAGCGGCGCGGCCGCCCGCCCAAGACGGCCGCGGGCGCUGCCCCAGUGGCGGCCGACAAGGAGGGAGGGGCGGCGCCCGCGGGGGGCGGAGCCGGCAGGGGCAGGAAGAGGGCGGCCGACCCCAACUCCAACCCGUCUGCAGAGUCAAUCAACAUCAAGAUGUCAAAACAGCAGCAGCAGAACGAUGAAGGGACAAAGAGACAGAUCGAUUUGCAGAGGUAAAGAAAAAACCUGUGAAGAUGAAAUCAAGACUGUAGAGAAUGGGCCAGACUCUUCCUCACACCUCCUCCCCCCCUCACCCGACCCCGACCCCCGACCCCAUGUACAAGCUCCUCCGACUCUUAAAGCUUUCCUGGACACAUUAUGGACCUUUCUUAAAACACACACACACGUAUACACAGACACACGCACACACUCACACACACACACACACACACAAGAAAAGAAGAAAACGGUGACAUCCUAGAAAGUUUUAAACUCCUUGUAGUCUUGAUUUGAAGCUCAUUGUAUGUAGGUCUUACUCAGAAACAUGUUAUUUUUUUUCCCCCUUUGUGUUUGUUGCUCUUUGCUUCUUUUGUGGAGCCAUUUUUAAGAAAAGAAAAAAAAAACAAGAUGGACAUUUUACAAACGUUUUAAUCUGGUUAUGAUUGUUGCUUAUUAAAUUCCCUGGGAAAACAAAAAAAAGGUGACCUCUUCCUCCUUGUGUCUGUGUUGCAGUGUUUUUUCUUUUAGCUUUGGUUUAAUGCUGUUCUAUAUAUAUUUUGUUUUUAUUUUGCCACAGCAAAUUUCAAGCCAAAUAUCUAAGACGGUUAAAGAAGCAGCAAAUUGAAAAAAAUACACAGGAAUGUGAUGUAUCUACACCAAAAUUUUGUGCAUAUGCUUCUAAAUUUGUUAAGUUUAAGUAGCUUUAGCUUGAUAUUAGCAUCACAAGGCCAUGUUGAAACUAUCCGUGGCCUGAUUUAGUUUUUUUUUUUCUAGUGUGUAAAUAGAAAAACGUGUCCCGAGCUCCUUUUUGACGCCUCGUCUCCAGGAUCCGAGCUGAGGAUGAAUUACUUUUUGUUUUGUUUUUACUGCCUAAAUACUUCACUUUGAAAUGCAUAAACGAUAUAUUCCCACACAA